AUGUGCUCCAAAAUCGAUCUCUUCUCACCAUUGAGCAUGUCGAUCAACCUAAAAGAAGAAAGCAUAAAAUGCGCUCCAAAUCACGAAAUUCAAUCAGAAUUUCACGAAGAUCGCGGCAAUUCUGAUCGUGGAGAGGAAGAAGGAAAUGCUAGCAGAGGAAAAUUAGAAAAAUCGGUAGGUGAUGAAGAAGAGGAGCUGGAAGGAUUCACAACUCCGACAUCGCUGGAUCACAAAAUUCCGGCGAUCGCGCAGUGCCCUCCGCCGCCGGGGAAAACAAGGACUUGGUACCCGACGCUGAAAAGGCCGGAGUUUAGGCGCCGCCUACUGUUCUUCACGGCGGCUGAGAUUGAAUCGCUUUUUUUGUCGCCGAUUAGCGGAGGCGUAGUCAAUGUGGAGGAGAAGAAAUCGAAGAAAGCUCGAACGGCUCAAUAA